AUGAACGUCGCGCUGCAGGAGCUGGGCGGCGGCGGCAACAUGGUGGAGUACAAACGGACCACGCUGCGGGAGGAAGACGCACCGGAGACCCCCGUAGAGGGCGGGGCCUCCCCGGACGCUGUGGAGGUGGGCAAGGGGGUUCCCCCUUUCUCGCCAGGCCCCAGCCCUGACGUGACGCCUGGCAGACCCAGGAGCUCUGGGCUGACCUGGAGGGUCACCUGCCCCCACCUCAGCUUCCUCUCUGGCCUCUGCGCUAGAACUAUGGUGGGAUUCCGGAAGAGGACAAGAGACUUCUUGGGCUCCCACACCCCACUGGAGCUGGUCUUAGCAGCUGUCUCUCUGCUGCUGGCUGCACUGCUCCUGGGCUGCUUGGUGGCCCUGGGGGUCCAGUACCACAAAGACCCAUCCCAUAGCACCUGCCUCACAGAGGCCUGCAUUCGAGUGGCUGGAAAAAUCCUGGAGUCUCUGGACCGUGGGGUGAGUCCCUGUGAGGACUUUUACCAGUUUUCCUGUGGAGGCUGGAUUCAGAGAAAUCCUCUGCCUGAUGGGCGUUCUCGCUGGAACACCUUCAACAGCCUCUGGGACCAGAACCAGGCCAUACUGAAGCACCUGCUUGAAAAUGCCACCUUCAACUCCAGCAGCGAAGCUGAGCAGAAGACACAGCGUUUCUACCUAUCCUGCCUGCAGGUGGAGCGCAUCGAGGAACUGGGAGCCCAGCCGCUGCGAGACCUCAUUGACAAGAUUGGUGGUUGGAACAUUACGGGGCCCUGGGACCAGGACAACUUCAUGGAAGUGCUGAAGGCAGUAGCAGGGACCUACAGGGCCACCCCCUUCUUCACUGUCUACGUCAGUGCCGACUCCAAGAGUUCUAACAGCAAUGUUAUCCAGGUGGACCAAUCUGGGCUCUUUCUCCCCUCUCGAGAUUACUACCUAAACAGGACCGCCAAUGAGAAAGUCCUUACCGCCUACCUGGACUACAUGGAGGACCUGGGGAUGUUGCUGGGCGGGCGGCCCGCCUCCACACGGGAGCAGAUGCGGCAGGUGCUAGAGCUGGAGAUGCAGCUGGCCAACAUCACAGUGCCCCAGGACCAGAGGCGGGACGAGGAGAAGAUCUACCAUAAGAUGAGCAUCGUGGAGCUGCAGGCCCUGGCGCCCUCCAUAGAUUGGCUGGAGUUUCUGUCUUUCUUGCUGUCACCGCUGGAGCUGGGAGACUCUGAGCCCGUGGUGGUGUAUGGGACGGAUUAUUUGCAGCAGGUGUCAGAGCUCAUCAACCACACAGAGCCAAGCGUCCUGAACAAUUACCUGAUUUGGAACCUGGUGCAGAAGACAACCUCGAGCCUGGACCACCGCUUUGAGUCUGCACAGGAGAAACUGCUGGAGACCCUCUAUGGCACCAAGAAGUCCUGCAUGCCAAGGUGGCAGACCUGCAUCUCCAACACAGACGAUGCACUUGGCUUCGCUUUGGGCUCCCUCUUUGUGAAGGCCACGUUUGACCGGCAAAGCAAGGAAAUUGCUGAGGGGAUGAUCAGCGAGAUCCGGACUGCCUUUGAGGAGGCCCUGGGGCAGCUGGUUUGGAUGGAUGAGAAGACCCGCCAGGCAGCCAAGGAGAAAGCAGACGCUAUCUAUGAUAUGAUUGGUUUCCCGGACUUCAUCCUGGAGCCCAAAGAGCUGGAUGAUGUUUAUGAUGGGUAUGAAGUCUCUGAAGAUUCCUUCUUCCAGAACAUGUUGAAUUUGUACAAUUUCUCUGCUAAGGUGAUGGCUGACCAGCUCCGCAAGCCUCCCAGCCGGGACCAGUGGAGCAUGACCCCCCAGACAGUGAAUGCCUACUACCUUCCAACCAAGAAUGAAAUCGUCUUCCCUGCCGGCAUUCUACAGGCCCCCUUCUACACCCGUAACCACCCCAAGGCCCUGAACUUUGGUGGCAUCGGCGUGGUAAUGGGCCAUGAGUUGACACAUGCCUUUGAUGACCAAGGGCGCGAAUACGACAAGGAAGGGAACCUGCGGCCCUGGUGGCAGAACGAGUCCCUGGCGGCCUUCCGGAACCACACGGCCUGCAUGGAGGAACAGUACAGCCAGUACCAGGUCAACGGGGAGAGGCUCAACGGCCGCCAGACACUAGGGGAGAACAUCGCUGACAACGGGGGGCUUAAGGCUGCCUAUAACGCUUACAAAGCGUGGCUGAGAAAGCACGGGGAGGAACAGCGGUUGCCAGCUGUGGGGCUCACCAAUCACCAGCUCUUCUUUGUGGGAUUUGCCCAGGUGUGGUGCUCAGUCCGCACACCCGAGAGCUCUCACGAGGGGCUGGUGACCGACCCCCACAGCCCUGCCCGCUUCCGCGUGCUGGGCACUCUCUCCAACUCCCGUGACUUCCUGCGGCACUUCGGCUGCCCUGUUGGCUCCCCCAUGAACCCAGGGCAGCUGUGUGAGGUGUGGUAG